GUCAAACCCUCGUAUGGUUCCGAUUUCGGAGUUCUGACUCCAAACCCUAAAAAUGGACGACCCAUUUGCCUCAAUUACGGAGCUCUGCCACAUUUCGGCCUCGCAAGAGGAGCGCUUACGCCACUGCGGGUUUGCCACAGGACGAGACGGAUGCUCCGACCACGACGCUAACGAAGACUCCGACGACCCGACCCAGCCCAUGGAAAUGGAAGUGGAGUCCACGGGGAUCGUCAUGGUGUCUCUGCCAGAGACUUUCGACGAGGAGGAGGAGCAGAAGAAAGACGAUAGUACCCCUCAGGACCUGUUCCAGACCCCAACCGAGGGUUCUCUACUCGCCAGCUCGGAAGAACAGCAGCCACCGGUGGCCGCCGAUGAUCCGGCGGUCGACGGACCACGCGCUCCCGAGCCCAAUUGUACGGACGGCGAUGAGGCUGUUGAUUUGGGGAAGGACUCUGAUCUAGGGUUUCCGGAGCCAUCGAAGAAAUUAGGGCUUUCGAAAAAUUCGGAUUCUGAGGCUCAAUUGACUCAUCAAGAUACUGAAAUUAUUGAAGAAAUGGCAGUGGAAGAGAACAAAGACGAAGAAGAAGCCCAACUUUCCAUGGAAGGCUCGUCAAAGAGAAAGCUGGAGUUUCCUUAUGGUGAUACCGUAAUUGUUGAUUCUGAAUCGGAAGAAGACGAUUGGGAAGAAGGUGAAGAGAAGAAUCAGGAGAAGUUCCGCGAAAAGGCGAAUGGUAGCGAGAGGUACCGCGUGCUGCCGGCGUCAAUGGCGCAGGAGGAGAGCAGAGCAGAGGGAGUGAAGAAUAAUCGUGGCGUAAUUGGGAAGGAGGUUACAAUAUUGGAUGUGUUGAAAAUGUUAAAACAGAGGUAUGAUGAUGAAGAAAAGAAUGAUGAUCUUAAGAGUGUUAGUGUUUCAGAGAUUUGUAUGCGGCGUGGAGUGACUUUUCCGCGGCCGUGUUGGUGGCCGGAAAAGGGGUUUGAAGCAUUUGAUGAUGAAGAUGAUUAGGUCUGGAGAGAAAAAAAAAAAAUGGAAGUUUUGGUCUUUACCAUGGUGGAAGAAGUGGUAGUAUGUUUUGUGGGGCAUUGACUAAUUUUAGGGGUUGUAAAUUUUGGAUGCUAAAUGGGAAAAAAGGGAUGUGUUUUGGGGUCAUUGACUUUUUGGGAGCUGUUGAUGCGGUAGCCAGUAUGGGAAAAAGGGUGUUUUCCAAAUGGACCAUGUCUAUUUCAAAAAGCAAAAUGGAGAGGAUAGGAACUUUUGCUUUGGCUUCAAAUUAGGGAGGUAGAGGUAGUAAAAGUACGCAAUGUAAUUGCAAUUUUGUAUAGUGAAUCUUGUUUAGAACUAUAUUUUGUGUCUUUCAUGGAUAGACUCAUAGACAGACACUAGUCAACUUGCCUACUGUUUUUGAGUCAUAAGUUAAUGGCUCACAAUUCAUG